CGGUUCCCCGUUUCCCAUCCGAGAUCAACCCCAUCGACUAAUCGAAGCCGGGGUUUUUCUCGGAGAGUUGACUCAUCUGAUUCGCACAGAAUUUUUCACUUCAAAGCCGUUACUUGAUGGCGCCGGUUUCAGCGUUGGCAAAGUACAAGCUGGUGUUCUUGGGUGACCAGUCCGUGGGCAAGACCAGCAUAAUCACUCGCUUCAUGUACGAUAAGUUCGAUAAUAUCUAUCAGGCUACAAUUGGUAUUGAUUUUCUAUCUAAAACUAUGUAUCUUGAAGAUCGAACUGUCCGACUGCAGUUAUGGGACACUGCUGGACAGGAAAGAUUUAGAAGUCUUAUUCCAAGCUAUAUUAGAGAUUCAUCUGUUGCCGUAAUUGUAUAUGAUGUUGCAAGCCGGCAGACUUUUUUGAACACAUCAAAGUGGGUUGAAGAGGUGAGAAGUGAGAGAGGCAGUGAUGUCAUUAUUGUUCUUGUUGGGAACAAAACAGAUCUGGUUGAAAAGAGGCAGGUCUCUAUUGAGGAAGGGGAAGCAAAAGCCAACGAAUUGAAUGUCAUGUUUAUUGAGACUAGUGCCAAAGCUGGGUUUAAUAUAAAAGCCCUCUUCCGAAAAAUUGCAGCUGCAUUGCCGGGAAUGGAGACACUAUCAUCUACAAAACAAGAAGACAUGGUUGAUGUCAACUUGAAGUCUUCAAAUGCCAACACUCAAUCUCAAACCCCGUCAAGUGGGUGUGCUUGUUGAGUGUGGUCUGUCUCGUAGAAUCUUUUUGCUUCGUUGUAUAACUUUUUAGUGGAUGUUUGUCUGCACUCUUCGACAGCAAUAUCAUUACUCGAAAAGGUCAGAAUAUACAAGUGGUGAGAUAGGGGUUGAAAAACUUACAUUUAGAAAUUCAUUUUGUUGGUGUGCUUGUGAUAAUGUACUAGUAUAGUAAAGGUAGCCAACACAACGUAAAAUUUUAGCUGUUAAUUUUACUUGGCCCAAAAAUUUCUCUGUUCA